AUGGGCUUGAACGCGGCCAGUAGUCGGGUGGCCGCGAAAUACUUUUCCAGGGUCCAAAAAUUGGCACCCACUCGCCUAGAGGACAUGGAGAUCUACUCGACUGUCUUAUGGCAUUUGAAAAGUGAUGUUGAGCUGGCUUACCUGGCCCACCAGAUGCUUGAGGCCGACCGCCUCUCCCCUCAGGCCGUCGCCCGUGUGAGUUUAGGGUGA